GACACGAUGGGGCCCCACAGGAGAACAGCUGAUUCGAAUAAAGGAGAACAACAAAAGAUUGUGCUUUGGUGUAAAUAGUUCAAAGCAAGUAUUAUUUUGUGUCAUUGAUAUUUAUCCGUGGAGAAACUGAAUUUAUUAAAGUUUAUUGACUGUUGACAAGUGCUUGGUAAAAUCUAGUCGUUCUCAUUUGCUUUACAAGUGUUGUUUUUCUUUCUUCUAAACUAAAAUCCAUCAUCAAUCGCUACGUGGGGUUUAGUUCAGUGCGCCACCCGUGUCACGCAAUGCGUCGCAGUUUUUACGCUUAGCAACCCCCCGUGAUCCUGAUUUUUUUUUCAAAUAAAUGCUAUCAUCAAUUGUGAUUUCUUUCCAUUCUAUACUUUUAUGUUUAUAAAUGAAGUCCAGCUCAUUUAAGUUGUCCAAACACUGGACUGAGGAAGAAGCCCUUAUCAUCAGAAAACUCCCCAAAGAACUUUUAUUGAGAGUUUUUUCCUUUUUGGAUAUUGUGUCAUUGUGUCGUUGUGCUCAGGUAGCUAAAUACUGGAAUAUUUUAGCUCUAGAUGGGAGCAAUUGGCAGUAUAUAGAUCUUUUUAGCUUUCAGCGUGAUGUAGAGGGAGUUGUAGUUGAAAAUAUUGCUAAACGUUGUGGAGGCUUUCUUAAGCAACUCAGCCUUAAAGGAUGUCAGUCAGUAGGAGAUUCUGCUAUGAGAACCUUCUCUCAGCACUGCAACAACAUAGAGGACCUAAAUCUCAACCAAUGCAAACGAAUCACAGAUAGCACUUGCUUGGCUUUGAGCCGCCACUGUGUCAAGCUUCAAAGACUUAACCUUUCCUCAUGCCCUGCAAUAACAGAUCAAGCAUUGAAAGCACUGGCAGAUGGUUGCCCACAGUUAGUUUACAUUGACUUGUCUUGGUGUGAUUUAGUUUCUCAAAAUGGUGUUGAGGUGCUUGCCAAAGGAUGUCCCGGUUUGAUGACUUUUCACAGCCGAGGAUGUAUCCUGAUUGGCGACGAUGCCUUGACGCACCUAGCUAGAUUUUGCUCUCGAUUGCACACAGUCAACAUUCAGGGUUGUUUGGAGGUGACGGAUGUUGGCGUUGCUCGACUUGCUCGUAGUUGUCCAGAAAUGCGCUAUCUAUGCCUGUCCGGUUGUGGACAUUUGACAGAUGCUACUCUGUCAUCAUUGUCACAACAUUGUCCCCAAUUGGCUACCCUCGAAGUGGCUCGCUGCUCUUUGUUCACUGACAUAGGAUUUCAAGCAUUAGCCAGAAAUUGUCACUUGUUGAAACGAAUGGAUUUAGAAGAAUGUGUACUUAUCACGGAUGCGGCACUUAGUUACUUGGCUGCUGGGUGUCCACGUCUAGAGAAACUGAGUUUGUCACACUGUGAAUUGAUAACAGACGAUGGUAUUCGAAGCGUCGGGACAUCGCCUUGCGCAGCGGAACAUUUGGCCGUCUUGGAGCUGGACAACUGUCCUCUCAUUACAGAUGCGGCAUUAGAUAACCUCAUUUCAUGUCACAGUUUGCAACGUAUUGAACUCUACGACUGCCAGCUAAUAACUCGGGCUGGAAUUCGUCGAUUGAGGAGUUAUUUACCAAACGUCCGCGUUCACGCCUAUUUCGCUCCAGUCACUCCGCCUCCGUCGGUGGGCGGCUCCCGUCAGCGCUAUUGUCGCUGUUGUAUCAUCCUCUAAGAUCACAUCGUCAUUUCUAUACAAUUCCAAUCAUCAGUGGCUUGACAUAUGUCUUAAAUCUUUAUAUGCAGAUUUUUGGCUUUUAGUUGUCUAGCUGCUUUGAGACGCCGUCAACGGACGAAAGAGCGAAAAUCAUUCAAUUUAUACCUCCUUUAUACAUAGCGUUCUGUCGUAUUCUAUUUCCCCCUUCGUUGGCGUAAAUCACAUCGCUCUUUAUUGUUGUUUUUUUUCUUAAUCAGAAUUGUACAGUAUUUAACCGAAAAAUGAUACAAGCGAUAUGAACUUGA